AUGAAGUAUACCGCCCUUCUUGCAGCUUUUGCUGCCCACGCUGCUGCCGUGAGUGUCUCCGGCGCUGCGGAGGGGUUCGCCAAGGGCGUUACUGGUGGCGGGUCCGCCACUGCUGUGUACCCGGAUACCAUUGACGAGCUGGUCUCGUACCUUGGCGACGACGAGGCUCGGGUUAUUGUCCUGUCCAAGACCUUUGACUUCACCAACAGCGAGGGUACCACCACCGCCACUGGAUGUGCUCCCUGGGGUACUGCUUCCGGUUGUCAGGUUGCCAUUAACCAGAACUCUUGGUGUGAUAACUACGAGUCAAGCGCUCCAUCUGUCUCUGUCACUUAUGACAAUGCUGGUAUUCUGGGUAUCACCGUUGCCUCCGACAAGACUAUUCUCGGUGAAGGCUCCAGCGGUGUGAUCAAGGGCAAGGGUCUUCGCAUUGUUAGCGGUGCCAGCAACAUCAUCAUCCAGAACAUCGCCAUUACCGAUAUUAACCCCAAGUACGUCUGGGGAGGUGAUGCCAUCACCAUCGACAACAGCGACAUGGUCUGGAUCGACCACGUCACCACUGCCCGCAUCGGCCGGCAACACAUCGUUCUUGGCACCGAUGCCUCUAAGCGUGUCACCAUCUCCAACAGCUACAUCAACGGUGUGAGCUCGUACUCCGCCACCUGCGACACCUAUCACUACUGGGGUAUCUACCUGGACGGCUCGAACGACUACGUCACCCUGAAGGGCAACUACAUCUACCACACAAGCGGCCGCAGCCCCAAGGUGCAGGGCUCGACUCUGCUGCACGCAGUCAACAACUACUGGUACGACAACUCAGGCCACGCCUUCGAGAUCGGCUCCGGCGGCUACGUGCUGGCCGAGGGCAACGUGUUCCAGAACAUCGACACCGUCGUCGAGUCUCCCGUCGAUGGCGAGCUGUUCACCGCGCCGUCGACCUCUGCCAACACGGCCUGCAGCAGCUACCUCGGCCGCGUGUGCCAGAUCAACGGGUUCGGCAGCUCGGGUACCUUCUCUCAGUCGGAUACCGGUUUCUUCUCCAAGUUCUCGGGACAGAACAUUGCGUCUGCAACGGCUUAUACAUCGGUCGUUUCGAGUGUUAACUCGAACGCGGGCCAGGGUAAGCUGUAA